AUGGGGAGCCAAUGCCAGGAUGUUUAUGUGGCCCUAGGAAAAGACCCGUUACAAAGCGUUUCUACUCUCCAAUGGACUCUCCAAAACAAACCAGCUGACUCUCUCAUUUUACUUCAUGUUCAGCUUCCGAUUACAACCAUUCCAUCGCCGUUUGGGAAAAUUCCUGUUAACCAAGUAUGUGACAGUGUCGUGGAGGCGCACAAGGAGGAUGAAAAGCGAAAGAUAAAUGAUUGUAUGGAAUUAUACUUGCAGAUUUGUUCGGAAGUCAAGGUGAAAGCAAGGGCUUUGAUAGUUAAGAAGCCGAAUGUAUGCAGGGGAAUUGCCGAUACGGUUUCAGAGCUGGGUAUCAGGAAGCUUAUCAUGGGCACAUCGUCAGGAGGCGGUGCAAAAUCCAAGAAAUGGAAAAUGCAACGAGGCAAAGCGGGUUAUGUGCUAAGACACACGAUCAACUCCUGUGACAUAUCGAUCGUGUGUAAAGGAACACUUGUAGUAGCAAGGGAAGCAUCUGCCCUGGAUAAUGAGGAUUUUGGUCGAUCGUUUUCAUUCCAGGCAAAGUUCGAACCAGAGAUGCCCGCCUCCAUUAAAACUCCUAAUUUGAGGAAUUUUUCAUUUGCGGGAGGGUUUAUGACGAAAAUUGUGGGAUAUUGUAUGUCUGGUUGGGCCAAGGAAGUGAACAAAUCUCGUAACCAUUCUUCUGACGUACAACUUGCAGGAAGUCAACAAUUUCAUAGCCAUAAAACUGAACAGGAGAGGACAGAUACUGAAACCCUGAAACUUCUGCUCAAGGAGGCCUUGGAUGUGGCGGAGAAUGCAAGGAGAGAAGUGCAAACAGAGACUCUAAGACGUAAGAAUGCAGAGGCGGCUGCCAGGAAAUCAGCUCGCAAGUUUGCAGCCAUUAAAGCUGCCCUACAAGACGCAAUCUUAGUCUCAAAAAUGAAAGAAGAGUAUUGCCAAGAGUUAACGAGGAGGCCAAAGGAAAGGGAAGAGGAGUUCCAAGCAAUGGUCAAGAGCUGGAAAUCAGUGGCGACAAAGGUUGCGAAAUUCUCAGAUGGAGGUCACCAAGCUGUCCAGGUGCUCCAUGCCGCAGAUCAGAAGCUCGCAGUGAAUGUUGAUGGGAUUUUAACCCCAACGACUAUUGUCCUGUUUUGUUUAUCGUCUGUCCUGUUCUAUCAGCAAUUGUUUAAGUCUCGGCAUGGAAAUAUUUAA